AGUCGCAAGUGGUCGAGCGUAGCGAGGCGCACAAGCUGUUGUGUCGUAGUAUACGGCCUGUGCCCGUCAUCGCGACUCGUGGCUCGCGAUUCUACGCGAUAUAUAGGAUAGGUACAGUGUUGGUGCCGUGACCCGUGCCGCAGCAGCGGGAGAGCACUGCAGCGACUCGGCGUCCAGCGCAUAACAGAGUGAUACAGGCCCGAGAGCAGUCAGUAGCGGCUAGCGAGCUGUCUAGCGUAGACCGCGUGCACGCGGCGGCGCUACCUCUGCAGCCUCCUGCAUAUUACAAAUAUACACAAUAAACUCAUUGUCUGUACGGCUAGCUAUAUAAUAUAAUACGUAACAGUUCAACAGGUGUGGUUGCGGCCCGUGUUCUCUCUGUGUGUAUGACGUGUUUUUGUGCUCGAGCGACUCCCAUAACGAAUGCAGAGUUGGAGUGUUUCGUUGCGUUAAUAAUAACGAGCCAGGGAGCGGAAUAAUAUCGCCUUCGCGGCCAUGCAUCGACGUCGGGAAACGGGUGCCGCCGCCGCCGAGCAGCUCGACAGCUCGGAGCUCGUGGGCCUGGUGGCUCGCUCGGUCGAGGGCACGGCCGCCAAAGGCAUGCCGAUCAAGGGCCACGAGGACCUCUGGGUCGACAUACAGGCCAACACCUUUCGCAACUGGGUGAACGAGCACCUGAGACAGUCGGAGCUCGGCAGGCGGCUCGGGCCCGUGGUCGAUCUCGAGAGCGACUUCGGCGACGGCACGAGGCUCUGCGCCCUCGUCGAGCAGCUCACGGGCAACAAGCACUUCAAGUGGCACCGCGACCCCGUCAAUCAGCAUCAGCACCUCGAGAACGUCUCGGCUGCCCUCAAGGCCGUCGAGGCCGACGGUGUCAAGCUCGUCAACAUCGGUAACGUCGACAUCGUCAACGGCAAUCACAAGCUCAUCCUCGGUCUCAUUUGGUCGCUCAUCGUUAGGUACCAAAUAGGAAAGUCCAAAUUUCCACCGAGAAAAUUGAUGCUCUCCUGGCUCAAGGCCGUUUUGCCGGAAUGCAGAGUUAACAAUUUCACGACCGACUGGAAUAGCGGCAUCUAUUUGAGCGCCUUGCUGGAUUACUGCAGGCCUGGAUUGUUCCCUCACUGGAGGCAUCUCGAUCCUCAUGACAAAGUUUACAAUUGCGAAAAAGCCAUGGAAAUGGCGAAGCGAGAAUUCGACAUACCGAUUGUGCUGCAACCCGAGUACCUGGCCUCGCCCUAUCUCGACGAACUCUCCGGCAUGACGUAUCUCUCUUACUUCAUGAAAGACGGCUCGCCGGGAUUUCAUUCCACGCUCAGAUGGGUCAAUUCUCAAGUGCCGCAUUGUCCUGUUAAAAACUUCACCAGCGACUGGAACGACGGUCGAGUCCUUUGCAGUUUGGUUCGCAAAUUGGGCGGACCGGCGCCGGCUUACGAUCGAAUCGAUUCGAGACCUUCGGCUUGGGAGCACAAUUUGCAGUUGGGCAUCGACGCCGGCAAAAAGUUGGGCGUCGAGCCUCUCUUGAAAGCCAAAGACAUGGCCGAUCAAAAUGUUGAGCACUUGGGAGUCAUGGCUUACGCUGCCUUUUUCCAAUGGGUAAAACCGCGUCCGCAAAUAAACGAACAAGUGCUCAUACACAUCGACAGCACUUCUGCUAGGAUCCAUCAGCCGGCUCAUUUCAAACUCGAAUUGCUAUCCAAAGAAGUCAAUACAAAAGAGGUUCGGGGUGAAGUUAUCGGUCCUAGCGAUCGUGUGGAGUGUCGAUUAUCUUGGAGCGGUUUAUUCGGCAAAGGAACUUUUGUACCAUCGGAAAUCGGUAUGCACAAGCUAAUGGUGUACAACGACGGUGAACUGCUCGAUGGCUGUCCUUACUACUUCCGAGUUCAUCCGCCGUUAACUAAAAUUAAAGCAGCUGGCAUGGAUCCAUGCGCCAUUGGAUCGAUCGUCGAAGUUCUAGUCAAUAGUUUCGGUACUAGUCAUGAAGGUAUUAAGGUAACGGCUUUGUCGCCGUCGGGUCGCUCGUUGGCCUGCCCCGUGCGCGCCAACGACGGCGUCCACGUGGCCAGCUUCCAGCCCGACGAGACCGGCGAAUGGAGCAUAGCCAUCACUCACAAAGGAGCUUACAUACAGGGCGGCCCCUUCACCUGUUUCGUCUUCGAUCCGCACGGUAUUCGACUACUCGACACGGAAGCUGCCGUACCGGGCCAAAUGUUCACUUUUACGAUUGACGCCAGCGGUACCGGUGGUCUCGGCGACAUCGCCAUAGACAUAGUCCACGACAAGCGCUCGAUCAGCCAUUACACGAAAGAGCUCAGCGACAUGAAGUAUCGCGUGUCUUUUCUACCCAAAGAACCCGGCAAAUAUCGAGUGUACGUGUACUUUAACGGUUCGGACGUGCGCGGGUCGCCUUUCCCCUUGAAGAUUGGAAACACAAGAGGAUCGCGACGAGCCUCCAAAGAUAGUAUUUUGAACGAGAGUUUGGACAGAUCUUCGAGUACGUCUUCCUUGGAGCGCAAAAUGAAUGGCCUGAAUAUGUCCAAGCUCUCGAACAGUCCAUUGUCCUCGGCUUACCCGAACUCUUUUAAAGUCCGAGACAACGCUAGUAAUAGUAGCAGCAAGGAUUCAACACCGCAAAGACUUUACAAGUCAACUUAUGACCACGGUAUCGUCACUCCACCCCGAAAUGUUCUCAACAAAAAUUCCAAUCACUGGCGUCAGUCAAGUUUUAACGAAGAAUCCAAAGAUGAGUACCAGACGGAGUCGAGCUACGAAAGUGGUGUACCAUACGAGAACAAAUCUAGUCUAAAAAAUUAUUACAACAAAGCCACGAAUUCCAAAGUGACCGAAGCCAAAUCUUACGGGACAACGAGUAAAAGAAAUGUUUCGGAAAACGGCGUCGUUGAUACGAGCAGUAACGUGAAAGUUUCCUCGUCUUCGGUCGGAGAAGGUUUAUUGAGACGUGAUUCUUGGGAUGCCAUAGCAAAAACAAAGUCGCUUCUCUCUCAUGGCAGUUUGGAGUCGCUGGUAAAUCUCGCCAAAUCAUCAGUGGCCAAUGAGUCAAAGAGCAAUAAGGACUUUGAUGACGAUUUCAAUGGAUUGUAUUCUGAAGAAAAACAGUACAAAAACGUAAUGAACUAUUCAUCUUUGCAAAGAAAAAAGGUAGAAUCAGAGUACGUAACGACAUUUACGCGCGAUGACGAAUCCAUUUUAAGCUCUCGAGCGAUGAAAGAAAUCCCAGUGAAAAUCGUAGAAACUCACUCUUCCCCCGUUGCCAAAUCGUAUUUGGAAGACAAGUAUUCAAGAAUGCAACCGAAAGCGAAUCAAGCCAUGGUGACAGGUAGCGCUUUGGAAAAUCUGCCGCUUUAUCGUCCUACCUCGUUCACUCUGGAUUCGAGUUUAGAAGCAAGUAAAAUUUCGGUCAUUGUAACAGGCCCAAAUGGAAGGCCAGUACCGGUACAAAAAUCGAACUACAGAAAUCAAACUUACACGAUAACUGCUGAUCAAAUAGGUGAAUACACAAUACAAGUUCUUUUCAAUGGAAAACAUGUAACCGGCUCGCCAUUUAGAUCGCAAGCUUACAACGCUCAAGCCAUCGUAGUCGGCGACAUUCCCGACGGAGUAAUCAACGAACCGGUCGAAUUCGAAAUCGAUGGCUCGGACGCUGGCUCGGGAAAUUUGGAAAUUCUCGUGAAUGGUGGGCACGUCACGAGUUUCGUCACAACGCUCGGCAAUCAACGAUUUCUCGCCUCUUUCGUGCCCCACGAGGCAGUGUCUCACUUAGUCGAAAUGACUUUUAACGGCGAAGCCGUUCCAGGCUCACCUUGGAAAGUGAAUAUAAUGCCGAGUCCCAAGAUGUCGGUGCUCGGCGACUCGGUGCGUCUGGUGCCCGCUGGUAGUCCGGCUGUCUUUGAAUUAUCUGCACUUGGAUUCAGCAGCAACGAGAUCCAAGUACAAAUCAUAACCCCCUCGAAACGUCAGAUCGGAGCUCGAAUAGACGAAGAGUCGAGCCGCAAAGGCGAAUUUCGAGUCUCGUUCAUCCCCCAGGAGGUGGGCAGUCAUCUGGUGGAAAUCAGCAUAGCCGGUCAGAAGCUACCGAGCGGGCCCCUCGUAGCCAAAGUCUACAACAGCAGCCUGAUCCACGUGACGGAGGUGCCGAGCGCGGUGGUCGGUCACGCCUGUCAGUUCCGCGUCGACGCGUCGGCCGCCGGCGAGGGCCAACUCGAGAUCUCGAUAAACGAGGGCGAGGUGCCGAACCACGUGCAGGUCGUCGGAGGGGGUCGCUGCCUGGUCAGCUUCACCCCGGAGACGGCCAAGCCGCACUACAUCGACAUCAAGUUCAACGGCGAGCCCGUGCCCGGCUGUCCGUUCGCCUGUCUCGUGUCGGACACGUCCCGGGUCAGCUUGAGCCUGGCGCACCUCGAGCUGCUGCCCGUCAACGAGCCGGCCAGCUUCCACAUGGAGGUGGACGGGGCCGGCAUAGUGAGCGGCGCGGCCGAGCUCGUGGUGUCGGUUCGAGGGCCCGGAACGAACGACCUGCCGGUCCGCGUGACGGGCGACGUGCACCAGGGCUUCACGGCCGAGUUCACGCCCCGCGACGUGGGUGUUCACGCGAUCAACGUCGAUUACAACGGACACCCGGUGAACGGCACGCCGUUCCUCGCCAAGGCCUUCGAUGCCCAGCGGGUGCACGUGGGCCCGCUGGCUCGAGCCAGUGUGGGACAGCCCCAGCACUUCUCGGUCGACGCGUCCCAGGCGGGCGAGGGCAAUCUCGAGAUCACCAUCUCGGCCAGGGGUCAUAACAUCCCGACGCAGGUGACGCCCCAGGGCAACGCUCGCUUCUCCGUCGGCUUCGUGCCGUUCGAGGCUUGCGAGCACCUCGUCAACAUAGCCUUCAACAAGCGCACCGUACCCGGCUGUCCGAUCGUGGCACGAGUCGCGCCCGACGCCCACGUCACCGUCAGUGGUCAGGCUCUGAGCAGCGCACCGCUGGGCAGGCAAAGUGCCCUCACGCUCAGCAAUGUCGCUGGCAGUCUCGAGGACCUCGAGGUUAACGUUGAAGGACCAAACGGACAGGCAGUGCCGGCUCAAGUGACCGACAACAAGGACACAACGUGCACGGUGUCGUUUACCCCGCGCAUCGUCGGCGAACACCGUAUCUCAGUGAGCCACAGAAAUCAGCCGGUAUUGGGUAGUCCAUUCAGCUGCAAGGUAUACGACGUGGCCGCUAUCAAAGUCAAGGACGCGAAACGCGGCGUUAUCGGAUUGCCGGUCACAUUUCUCGUGGAAACGAGCCAAGCUGGACCAGGCAACCUGGAGGUCAAAGUCAAUGGCGGCCGAGUUCCUACCUCGGCUCAAGCCCAGGGCCCGCACACCUAUGCCAUCUCCUUUACUCCGAGGGAGCCGAUCACUCACACGGUUGAUCUCCGAUUCAAUGGCGAAGAUGUACCUGGUAGUCCAUUCACCUGUCAGGUAAAUGACACGGCAAAAGUGUUGGUGAGUGAGGCUCUGGAGAAAGUGUCUGUCCAGAGGGUUGCUUCGUUCGUCAUCGAGGCUGAUUCCAAGCCAACCGUCGACGUGCUGGCACCGACCCGCGAAAGCCUACCGGUCAUCAUCGAUCAAACUGGCCCAACUACUUACAAUGCAGGCUUUACCCCGAAAGACGUUGGUGACCACAGCGUCCAGGUCAAGCUCAAGGGAGCUCAUGUUCAGGGCAGUCCGUUCCUUGUCAAAGCUUAUAACGCUAAUCAAGUCAAAGUCACGGACAUAAACAGUGGAGUCGUUGGAAAGCCCGUCUUUUUCAGUAUUAAUGCGAGCCAAGCUGGAGCAGGAAAUCUCGAGAUAAUCGUCGCAGUCAACGGCAAAAACGUGCCGAAUUUCGUGCAGAGCGAGGGAAACGCUAAAUUUCGCGUGAAUUUCAAGCCUCAAGAAGCUGCCCUGCACAGUCUGAGCGUACGUUUCAACGGUGAGCCAGUGCCAGGCUCGCCCUUUACCUGUCAAGUAUUCGGCAUUGGCCAAACUCUCAUAUCCGGACAUAACUUGAAAAUGGCUCCAGUCAAGCAGCCGAUCACGUUUGUCGUUGACCCACAAGCGGCCUCCAACAAGUGCGAUGUCAUCGUUACACCUCCGUCGAAUAUCGCCUUGCCCAUAACCAUCGAACCUCUGGAUCAGAAAUACAAAAUAACCUUCACGCCCAUCGAAGUAGGUCGGCACAAUGUCGGUAUACUCGUUGAUGGUGAGCCGAUCAACGGCUCUCCGUUCGCUUGCAAUGUCUACGACGUUACUAAAGUCCACAUAUCCGGCUUGACCGAGGCGCUUUUGGGUCAAGCUACGACUUUCACGGUUGAUGCUGCUCAAGCUGGUGAGGGUACCUUGGAACUCGUCGUCAGUACGGAAAAUAAUACCGUGAAAGCUGAGGUCGUGGCCUGUGCGCGAGGAUUGUACGACGUUACUUUUGUACCUCAAACAACAGCUCCUCAUUACGUGAAUAUUAGCUUCAACGACGAUAAUGUACCUGGAAGUCCCUUCAAGUGUUUGGUAGUGGGCAGUAUUUUGGAUGGACCUACGAUGGUCAGAGUUGGCAACACGGCCUACAUAGAUCUAGAUACGGGUGGCUUGGUUGGGCCGAUAAACGCCGAAGUCACAGGUCCGGACGGCAUCAUAAUACCUUGCAGUUUAAUCAAAUUGGAUUCACAUCUGCAUCGGGUUGAGGUUCGCACGAGACAAGUUGGAACGUACAACGUCGCAUUCAGUCAAGACUCGAAAGUCUUGAGCACGCAGUCCAUUCAAGCAUUCGACCCGAACAAAAUCGUCCUCCAGGAGGUAUCGGACGCUAUAUGCCACAGACCAGCGAGCGUCGUAGUUGCUAUACCAAAAGAUGCAGGCCCCGGCAAGCUAAGCGUCCAUGUCCGCUCUGGAGGCGCCGAUGUAGAUAGCCUCGUUCGUGAAAAGGAUAAAGGGCUGUACGAGAUUAUAUUCCAUCCGACGAGAGCAGCCCCGCACAGACUUCAUGUUAAAUAUAACGACGUGCAUAUACAGGGAAGUCCUUUGGAAGUUGCAGUGCGUGGCCCCACUGGCGGUCGCGAGGUCACUGCCACUGGAUUAGGUCUUUAUCAAUCGAGCAUUGGAAAAGUUACAUCGUUCUCCAUCGAGACUCUAGGCAGACCAGGAAAAGAAUUCGACGUUGUUAUAAGCAGUCCACAAGGCAAUGCUGUGCCGGUGCGUUGCUAUCAGCAUCGUGAUGGAAAUUUACUCGCAGAAUUCACGACUCAUUCAGUUGGAACUUACAAAAUUGAUGUACUUCACGGAGCAAAACCGGUAUUGGGUUCACCAUUUUACUGUCAAGCGUUCGAUGCAAACAAAAUAAAAAUACACGAGCUGGGGCCUUCAGUCAUCUCCGUGCACGAUCAUUUUGCAUUCAAAAUUAUAAAAUCGGAAGCAGGCGUUGCCGAGCUCGACGUUACUGCUACAAGUCCAUCGGGCCAGGAAUUACCUCUACACAUAACUAGCUUGAACGAUGGCGCAGAAAUGGUUGAGUUUUCUCCUAGCACCUCGGGAUCGUAUAGCAUCAACGUCAGCUAUGGAGGCUGCCCAGUACCAGGUUCACCGAUCGUGUGCACCGUAGAGUCUACUGGUCAAGCGCGUGCAAAAGGUCAAGGUCUGCUUCAAGGUCACGUAGGUAAACCCGCUCACUUCACUGUAACGGGUAGUCGCAGUCCCCCUGCCAUACAAGUCGACGGACCCGAUAGUGUUGCUAAACCUACGAUCGAAGCCGGUCCCAGUCCUGGAACUUGGAACUGUUCGUACGUCCCUAGCGAGCCUGGAGUUUUCGACGUAAGAAUAGCAUGCGCUGGACAUCAACUUCCAGGAUCACCCUGGCACCCAAAGAUCGUCGACAGUCGUAAUCUUCGGGUGAUUGGUGGAUGGCCAGCACUUUGUGACGAAUUUGGACGUUUGAAACUAGCAGCUGGUAGUAAAAUAAGCUUUGAUACGACCGAAGCUGGACCAGGCGAACUUACUGGAACACUAGCUGAUCAACCUUUAGAUUUUGAAAUGACAUCAAACAAUCGAUUGAAACUCGUAGUUCCACAAGUUAAUGCUGGCGAACAUCCUAUGGAAAUUCUUUUCAAUGGAGUGCCUUUCCCUGGAGCACCGAAACUUGCUGUUGCAACUGAAUCAGAGUCAAUAUCUACGGAUUCGAGAGUUAUGUUGAGAGGUCGUGGAUUAACUUCAGCCAAAUGCGGAGAACAAGUUAGUUUCACCAUUGAUGGGUCGCAAGCUGGAUCAGGUACCCCACAAGUACAGAUAUUUUCUCCGACCAGCGAAAUCGAUGUAGUCUUACAACAUCUCGGUAAUAGUGUAUAUCGAGCGAGUUAUACACCAUUUACUACAGAUUCACUAUUGAUGACCGUGUCUUGGAACGGUCGGCAACUUAAAGGUUGUCCUCUGCAAAUAAAUGUCACAAGUGCAGCUGAUGCUUCUCGGGUCAUAUGUUCAGGCCAAGGUUUGAAGUAUGGCGUUGUUGGCCAAGAGAUCAAAAGUUUUAUCGAUACUCGACGAGCUGGUCCAGGUGAACUAACAGCUCAAUGUGUAGGUCCUCAUAAAGUUGCUUAUUGCGAACUUUAUGAUCAUGGUGAUGCGACAUUUACUCUCAACAUAAAACCUCAAGAAGCAGGAAGACACGCCUUAACGAUAAAAUACGCCGGUGAACACGUACCUGGCUCUCCAUUUACUCUGAAAGUAUCCGGAGCUCCUGAUGCUUCGAAGGUGCGCGUAUACGGACCGGGAGUAGAACACGGUGUUCUAGCGACUUUCCAGUCACGAUUUAUUUGCGACACUCGAGGAGCUGGUGCCGGUCAAUUGACAGUGAGAGUUCGUGGACCCAAGGGCGCGUUCCGAGUAGAAAUGCAACGCGAGACUCAAAAAGAUCGUAUUAUUUUGUGCCGCUACGACCCAACCGAGCCGGGAGACUAUAGAGUUGAAGUUAGAUGGGCUGGUGUAUUAGUGCCAGGUUCACCGUUUCCCGUUAGAAUUGUCGAUACUCAAGACGAAUUAUUAAUGCUUACACAGGGCAACGAAAGUUGUAAUACAGGUCACCAUACAAUCGCAUCCUGGAGAGGGUCCCAAGCAAUAUUGUAAUCUCAUACCUAAUUGUACUUAACUUAACUGUUUUUGUUAUCACUUGGACGAGUCUAAACUAAUAUUAUUUAUCAUUUAAGCAACCAA